AUGGGUGAGCUUGUAAAUGCUGCAAGAACAUUAGGUGAAACAGGAAAUUUUGUAGAUGGUUUUAAAAGACUUGUUUCAAAUGUUUUAACAAACACAAAGAAAUUAUUUAGAUAUACCGUACAUAACGGACGGAUUUUCGAACAGAUAGCAACAAACCCUCCGGUUAUGGCUGCGUUGAUGAUGGUUAGAGAUAUAAAACCACGUAACGACGGGAACGAAGAACAUGAACAACAGGAUACUGGUCGGGUUAUUCGAGACAUUAAAAACGUGUAUCCUGAAGUUAUUGAUUUAUUUAGAGGAGUUAAUGAUUCAAUUUCAAAACAUUCUAUAACCCUCGAUGAAGAGAAUAAAUUAACAGAUUAUAUAUUCGUCAUUAUUGCAGAACUAAUGAAGAGAAUAAAUGAAAAAGGAAUUGGUGAUAUCAUUAAUGUCAGCGAUGUAAUGAUGAAAAGAAAUUUUGACUCAUUAUUUACAAAACCGAAAACAGAAUAUAGUCUUUAUGACGUAAUUACCGAAUUAAUGAAAAAGAUUAAUGAUAAUAAGAGUUCUGGCGGAAGAGUUGAAUUAGAAGUGAAUGAUGUUAAUGAGAAAUUAGCCGAAAAAGCAGACAAAAAUGAGCUUUUAGCUCUGAGUGAUAAAGUCAAGAACCACGUUCAUUAUAUAACUUCAGACGAACAGAUUAUAACGGACUACCAUGGAUAUUUAACACGAAGUGAUGAAGCGAAGACAAAAAAUGUUAAUGAAAGAAGAUAUAAAUACAUUCGUGCUAAAGGUUAUGACAUAAGCUGUACUGUACAGUAUGAUGUAGCUAAAGCACCAGAAGCAUUUGGUUAUACCGGUGAAAUUUAUGCCUCUACUUUCAAUGUUAACGGUGUAUUAGUUGAACCAAGAUUUACAUUGAGAGUUAAGGCAAAAAUAACGUUUGAAGAUGCUAUUAAAAGUAAAGCUGACAAAGUUGAACUCGAAGCAAU